CAGGGAAGUUUGAAAAGGCUAAAACAGUUGGUCCACCCUGUUUCGCAACACUGGUUACAACUCACGCCCUACUGUUUCAGCUUCGUCCAUAGAAAAUGGCCUUGCCUUCCAACCGGAAACGGAAAUUCGACAUGGACGCCGUCUCUGAUGAGUUCAUCGCCGCCCAGACGGACUCCUCCUUACUGUUUGCGAAGCACAUCUUCUUUGACCUGGUCAAAGCAGAUUCCAACUUCGUUUUCUCCCCCCUCUCCAUCAACAUCCUGUUGGGUAUGGCCGCCGCCGGCUCAACCGGCGAAACACGCCGCAGCCUUCUCUCCUUCCUCAAGUCGGAUUCCACCGCUGAUUUCGAUGCUUUUGCCUUCCACGUCCUCACCAAUAUCCUUGCUGACGCCAGCCAUCUCGGCGGUCCCAGGCUGUCGGCGGCUAACGGCGUUUGGAUGGAGCAAACUCUCUCUCUUAAGCCCUCUUAUAAAGAUCUUUUGGAAAAAUCUUAUGAUGCUGUUUGUCAAUCAGUUGACUUUCGUACCAAGACAAGUGAAGCAGUUGAUGGUGUGAAUUUGUGGAUUGAGAAGAAAACCGGUGGCAUGAUAAGAAAUGUACUUGAUAAGCGUAAAGUUUCUCCUCUCACAAGCAUCAUCCUUACAAAUGCGCUUUACUUUAAGGGGAAUUGGGAUGAGGGGUUUGACGAAAAGUAUACACAUGAUAGAGAUUUUUACCUCAUGAAUGGAACAUCUGUCAAAGUGCCCUUUAUGAAUAGCGGUAUGAAGCAGUGUGUGAAAGCAUACGAUGAUUUCAAAAUCCUGAGUCUACCGUACAAGAGAGGUAGAGAUAUGGCGCGGCAAUUCUCCAUGUACUUCGUCUUGCCUAAUGCAAAUGAUGGCCUCUCAUCUUUGAUGGAAACCAUCACUAUAGAACCGGGCUUUCUUGAGCGUCAUGCUCCGGACAAGCGAGUUAGAGUGGCCCCGUUUCACAUACCGAAAUUCAAAAUAACUUUCGGCUUUGAUGUUUUAAGUGUUUUGGAGAAGCUCGGGGUGCUGUUUACCCACGAUGGUUUUGACGAAAUGGUGGUUGACCCGGAGGAGAGCCCCGUUGUUUCAAACAUUAUCCAAAAGUGUGUUGUUGAUGUCAAUGAGAAAGGAACAGAAUGUGCUGCAAUUACUACGAUGAUCACGUAUCCUGGAUACUCUCCGGAAGAGAAAAUAGACUUUGUAGCGGACCACCCCUUUGCCUUCUUCAUACGGGAGGAUGUUUCCGGGGUUGUUACCUUUGUUGGCACCGUGCUUAAUCCUCUUCUCUAAUACAUAUAAGGAUGUUUAGCUUAGGAUAAUUUGCUUCUUCAUUCUAUAGUAGUGAGGGCAUGCUUAAAUUAUUAGUGAUGAAUUUUUUAGAUCUUUAACUUUGUGGGUUUUUCUUUUUCAUAUCAGCGUCGUAAUAAAAACAUAUUCUUACCAUAAUGCAU